UGAAAUACUAAUAAUAUAGUAUACUAUUUAUUAUAUGAUUAAAUAUAUAGACACUAAUAUUAUUACUAAUAUGGUGGGUUAUGUCAGCUUGAAUGGACAUGUAUUGUUCCAAUGGAGCAGGAGCUUGAAUUAAUUCAAGGAGUCAAUAUUGAUGGUGCUAGAGUGAACACUGAGGAAGAUGUGCAAAGAAAAGAUGCAAAUAGAGCUUCGAGUGUAGAAACCAACGGUGUGCAGCCUAAAACACAUAAAAGAGCAGUGAAGAGGUGCAGAACAGUUAAGGAAAAUGUUGGAGAAGGCACUUUGAAAACAAAAAAGAAGGGUAAAAGAAAAACAUAACAAAGAUAGUGAUUAUGAAGCAGAAGAAAGUGACAAAAACAAAGAUGACAAUGAGGAUGAAAGUGGAGAUAAGGCAUGUAUUGAUUCACGUAUAAGAAAAAGAGACGAAAAGAUGAAAGGAAAGGGCAAACAAACAAUACGAUUUGCCAAAAAAAGGAAGUUGUGAAAGAAAACAAUGUUGGAAAAAUGUGUUAAAAUUGCAUUAAAUGAUCAAUUUGGGGCAAUAAUUUGAGUGGGGUCCACUCACGGUUUGGGUCGGGUCAAAGUGGUUUUGAAUUGUACUUGUUAAGGGCUACAAUUUGAUAUAAAGGUUUCUAUUUCUACUUUAUGAAGCAAUUAUCACUUUUAAAUGACAACUUAAUCAUCAAACAUUAAAAAUAAUACAUCUAUAAUAUCCCAAUUAUCACCAUUAACCGCAUUAUAUUAUAUACAUAUCAAAUUUAUUUCUCAAAAUAUACUCAAGUUACAUUAUUUAAUUAUUAUUGUCUAAAUAAUCGUGUCAUUUGCAAUGAGAUCCCUUCAAUGAGAUGGAAGUAGUAUUAAUAGGAAAAAUUGACAAAAAUAAUCUCACCUUUCACUUCUCUUCUCAUAAUAAUCCCACCAUUACGUUAUCCCAGAAUAAUCCCACCUUUUCAUCCCAUCAUCUUUCAUUGAACCCUAACUUGUUGAUGACCUACUAUACCAGGUUUUUACCCUUUCUUUGAAAAUCUUAUAUAAAUAAUCUGACCUUUCACAAAUCUGCUCAAAACGGCCUCAUGUUUCAUUUUUUCUUAUUUCUCCCUAAAUUUUUUUCUUCUAUAUUUUCAUCCCUAGACACUUUUUAUUCCUUUUUCUACCCUUUUUUUCUUAUUUCUUUUCCAUUUUUAUUAUUCUAUUUCUUAUUCUAUUAGGAUUUUUUUUUGUGAAAUUUCCUUCCCAAAUAGAUCUUUUUGUCAUUUUUUUAAUUCCCGAAAUUUUAUUUCAUUUUCUUUUUUAUGUUUUUCUGCUUGAUCAUUCUCUUCUUAAUCACUCUCUUCUUAUUUCAUUUCCACUCUACUUUUCUUUAAAAGAAAACAUAACAGAAAGUAGAGUGGAAAAAAGAUAUAAUAAGAAGAGAGUGAUUAUGAAGAAAAACAUAAAAAGGGGAAUGAAAUAAAAAUACGAAAAGAAAAAAAGGAAAAAAAAAACUAUUGUGAAGGGAAAUUUUACAAAAAAAAAAACACCUUCCCUACUAGAGUGAGAAAUAGAAUAAUAAAAAUGAAAAAGAAGUAAGAACAAAGGGGUAGAAAAAGCAAUAAAAAUAUUCUAGGGAUGAAAAUAAAGAAAGAAAAAUUUUAGGGAGAAAAGGAGGGCAAUGAAACAUGGGUCCGUUUUGAACAAAUUUGUGAAAUAUGGGAUUAUUUAUCGAGAAAUUGUCUCAUGUAGGAGUAAAACUUAGGAGAAAUUCUUAAAUAGGAGUAUGUAUGUUUUCUUCCCCAAAUAGGACCAUAUUACUCCUAUUCAAAACAUACGGACUUUUCAAUUUCAUUCUUACCCCUAUUACAUUUAAUGCACGGUCGAUCCACUAUUCCGCUCACUGCCUUCUCUCUGCUUCCUACGAACCAUCCUCACCCCUUCUCCAUGGAUUAGUUUCUUCUUCCCUGCAAAGAUCUGCCGCCUUCUUCUUCUCUGCAAAUCAGACUGGUCCACUGCACGCUGCCUACAAAUCAGAUUUUGACAGAUUUGUGACGGAUGUGGCGGCACUCGCAGGCGAAGUGGUGGUCUAGGAAUUUACAGUGGCGGCAGUUUCGAUGCAAGGUGGUUACGAUAACCAGAGUGACGGCGAUCGAUGGUGAAUCCGGUGUGCGCGGUGAUGGUUGAUAACACCUGCGGCCUGAGGGGGAGGGGCGGCGCUGGAGGGGAUGUGCCGACAGUCUGCAGGAGAUGGCUGAGAGAAGCUCUUCAGUGCAAAUUGCCUUUCCAUUUACGAUUUGGUGCAAACCGCCUUUCGCCUCACUAUAUUUUGGUCCAUCCGUAUCUAUUUUACUCCUACUAAAUGUGCAAACAUUAUUUCCUUGU